CCAUCCCAAAUCCCAUCACACCCCCGCGGCGAGGAGUCCAGAAGCGUCUCCUCCCCUCUCCUUUCACACGCCGCCUCGCCGACUGAUUGAUCGAUCGAUCGGUGGAUUGAUUGCUGCUCAUCGACUCUUUCUCAUCACCUUCCACAUUCUUCGCGUCUCUCUUGAUACCUUGCCUUCCGACUCUGCCUCGCCGAUCCGCGCUUGGCGACGCGGUUCGUCGUGCUGGGCGGCGCCGGCCGCCGGGAGGGGCUACGCUGGUGGACUGUAGUCGCCCGUCGGGCGGAGGGGGCCCACGGGAGAGCAAUGAAGUACGGGGCGAGGAAAGAUGGGGGUGGUGGAGGUGGAGGUGGCGGCGGAGGGGGAGUGUUCGUCCCGUGCGUGGACAUCAAGUCGUUCGUGGUCUCGCUCGCCUUCCUCACGCUGUUCGUGGCGUUGUGGCAGCUCCAGCCCUACGGCUCCUUGUUCGCAGCGGCGCGCUCCACCGCCUCUGUCUCGGCCUCGCGCUGUUCCCUCGUCGCCAUGGCCGCCGCGGCGAGCACAGGCGUCGUCGUCCCUUCUGCCAACUCCACCGCUGAAACUGCCCCGAACGCGCGGGCGGCCGUUGCUAGUGCCGUCUCCGUGCGGCUGGCUAGGCCCGCGAGGCCGGUGCGGGUGGAGGACCCGAACAAGCGGGAGCUCCGGCCUUACGGCAGCGCGGCGGCGCUGUUCGUGCAGAUGGGCGCGUACCGCGGCGGCGCGCGGACGUUCGCCAUCGUGGGGUUGGCGUCCAAGCCCACCCAUGUGUUCAGCAACCCCUACUUCAAGUGCGAGUGGCUGCCCAACCCCACCGCCGGCAACCCGUCGCCGCGCCCCGUCCGCACCAAGGCGUACAAGAUGCUCCCGGACUGGGGGUACGGCCGCGUCUACACCGUCGUCGUCGUCAAUUGCACCUUCCCCUCCAACCCCAACGCCGACAACGCCGGCGGCAAGCUGCUCGUUCACGCCUACUACUCCACCACCUCCCGCCGCUACGAGCGCUUCGUCGCGCUCGAGGAGGCGCCGGGCUCCUACGACGAGUCCCGCUUCAGCCCGCCGUUCCAGUACGACUACCUCUACUGCGGCUCGUCGCUGUACGGUAACCUCAGCUCCAGCCGCAUGCGGGAGUGGAUGGCGUACCACGCGCACUUCUUCGGGCCCAGGUCGCACUUCGUCUUCCACGACGCCGGCGGCAUCAGCCCCGAGGUGAAGGCGGUGCUGGAUCCGUGGGUCCAGGCCGGUCGGCUCACGGUGCAGGACAUCCGGGCGCAAGCGGAGUACGACGGGUACUACUACAACCAGUUCUUGGUGGUGAACGACUGCCUGCACCGGUACCGGCACGCCGCCAAUUGGACCUUCUUCUUCGACGUCGACGAGUACAUUUACCUGCCCAAUGGGCAGACGCUCGACCAGGUGCUCGGCAAGCUCUCGGGAUACUCGCAGUUCACCAUCGAGCAGAAUCCCAUGUCCAGCAAGCUGUGUGUGCAGGAUCCAAGCAAGGAUUACUCAAGGGAAUGGGGGUUUGAGAAGCUUGUCUUCCGCAAUUCAAUUACCAAAGUUAGGCGAGAUCGCAAAUAUGCGAUCCAGGCCCGAAACGCAUACUCUGCCGGCGUGCACAUGUCACAAAAUGUCUAUGGGAGGACAACCCACAAGACAGAAAGCCUGAUUAGAUACUACCAUUAUCACAAUGCGAUCAAUGUUAUGGGAGAGCCUUGCAGGGAGUUCGUAUCGGUGCCAGUCAAUGGCAGUAAGUUGAUGUUUGAGGGGGUACCUUACGUAUACGAUGAUAACAUGAAGCGUCUGGCAGGAGAGAUCAAACACUUUGAGACGGAAACAAUUGGAUCUGCUCAUACAUAGAAACUGAACUACUGAAGACUCUGGUACAUAGACAUCUGAUAUUGCUUAGGAUGCAUGGUUGAGAGUUCAGAUGAACUCACGAUUCUGGCUGGUGUUGGAAGCUACUGAGGCCUUGGCCUCAAAGAUCCUUCGGAAUGGAUGAUUCUUUUUCAGGAUUUCCGUGGGAAUUGAACUGAUUUCAACAAAAAAACUUGUCAAAUUCAUGUGUUUUACAAAGGAUCCCUGAGUCUGGCCAGUAAUAGAGGGAGCUGUUUGCUGUGGGUUGUCCAAAUGGUGUACUAUAAAGUUUUGGUUCUUUAUUGACAUGCCAUUCUCUACAGGGGCACUGCUGUUUUGCUUCAUUCUCUGUUUCCGUUUUUUCCUUGUCCCCACAUAUGUUAUACAGAUCUGUGCAAACUGUAAACUGAUGGCCCUGCCUUUUACUAGAUUCUUUAAUAGAUCGCCCUACAGGAGUGCUGCUGUAUGUCAAA